AUGAACCGUAAGUUAGUCAUUAAACCAAUUAUCAGUAAAAAUUUCAAUGAAAGAGGACAAGUAGAUCUGGUAGAUUUUCAGUCACUUCCUGAUGGGAAAUUCAAAUGGAUACUGAAUUACCAAGAUCAUAGGACUAAAGUCUUAUCUUUACGUCCUCUCGAGUCUAAACGCACAUCUGAAGUAGCUAAUAAUUUAUUAUCAAUUUUUCUUACGUUUAGUGCACCAAAAAUACUGCAGAGCGAUAACGGUAGGGAAUUUGUUAAUUCUAUUAUCAUCGAACUGAAAGAACUUUGGCCAGAUUGCGUUAUUGUUCACGGUCGACCCAGAUACCCGCAAAGCCAGAGAAGUAUUGAGAGAAGCAACCAAGACAUAGAAAAUAUGUUAAGGGCUUGGAUGAAAGAUAACAAAACAAAAAAAUGGUCAAUUGGACUACAAUUUGUUCAAUUUCAAAAAAAUAGUUCUCAUCAUCGUGUGAUUGAAUGUUGUAUGGAACCGCACUCCGUCGAAGCAAUUUUAUGUAAUUUAUGUGAGAAGAAUAUAAAAAUUAAGGAAGCACGUCAUCUAGGAGCUAUAGGAAUAGAAAAGCAAGCCGAAAAAAUGUUACAAGAUAGUAAGAUCAAAAUAUCAACAUUUAAAGUUGGAGAUUGUGUUGUAAUCUCGAUUCCAAAGGUGGAUAGAGGUCCUGCAUACCCAGCUAACAUUAUUGGCGUAGUGAUUGACCAAAAAAAUUACCACAUAGGAACUGAACAUAACAUACUAAAAGGUUGGUAUGGUUCUGGAAAUAUACAAACAGCCGAAAGGGAAAAAUCAGGAGACAUAGAUUGUGUCGAAGUGACAAAAAAGAAACAAAAAAAAGGCAAUGUUGACAAAUCAAAAAAUAAAGACGUAAAACGAGAAAAAAUCACGCCCAUGUAA